AUGGAGAACGUGGCUCAGAUGGAGCAGCCCGACGUACACGCCUCCGCGGAGGCUCUUGAACUGGUGAAGAAUGAGGUGCGCCCCGAACAGGAACAGGCUCCGGAGAACUCGAGCGCUACCGACACGGCACCCGAGCUGCACGACCAGUCGGGGUCUGGGGCCCUGCAUGACCAGGCGGGCCCCGCCAAUCUACGUGAAUCCUCCCCUCCCGCGCACUCACACUCUGUCAUCACCUCGCGGCGAGCUAUGCGCACUAUCACCGCCGCUGGUCACAUCACCACGGAUGAACCCGGGGAACUCGCCAACGACGAAGGCGUCAAGGAUGAACCGCCAGAACAGCCACCACUUGAUGAGCAACAGUUACAAGCGCAGCACUACGCCGCUGCUAAACUGGAGGACGCUGAGGCGCGGGAGCAGCAGCACUACGACGAGGAGCGCCUGCGCCUCGCUGAAGCGGAAACGUCACGUUACCUCGCCUUCAAACAGGAGCCGUACCGUGCACUCUCCUCGCCCAGCGACAAGCGCGCCCCGCCGCAGUACGUGCGCCCGCCGCAACGGCCGCCGUACGGACGCGGGCUGGCGCUGCGUUACGGUGCCCCGCAUCACGUGAUCGUGGCGCAAGAAGGUGAGGCCGAGGAGGCCGCACAUGACGCGUUCCUACACAAGGAAAAGGAACAGCUCCAGGCGUACGCGGGUAGCGAGGCUACCUCUACUGACAACCGACAGUAUGCUGCCGUACUGAGCGACCAAGGUGCUUCCACUCUAGAGAUGAUUCAGACUACGGCUCUCAAUAACCAACAAUCGGUCGGAGUCGCUUACCAGCAGGUGAAGUACGAGGCGCGGGGAGAAGGAGAGCCUCGGCCGACUACUUAUGCGAGCCUGCAGCCAGUAACGUCAGUACACGGAGGAUACGCGUAUGCGGGUCAGAGCCCUCAAUACGCCGGUGGAGGAUACGGCGCGUACGCCGCCGGGGGCAGCAAGGAGUUGCUAACUCUGUACGGCGGUGGCCCGGCCACGGCAGGAGGCGGGGCGGGAUCACGGGGAGACGAGUCCCCGCCGGGACAGUUACUGUACCGUAGCGACCCCACACUGUCGUCCUCGUCGCUGGCGCGGGGCACGCACGUCGUGUAUGGCUCCGUCGUACCGCAAUCCCAGGCGGUGUAUGAGACACCGCCCAGUCCCAACUCACAACAGGUGACACUGUAUACGCACGGGAACACAGUGCAGUACAAAGUGGGAGGUGAGCACUACCUGGGCCAGGGAGGCGGCGUGGAGUACGUGCCAGUGUCAGGAUACGAAGGUGGCCUGCUGGUGGAGGGCUACCCCGCGCCUGCACAGGCCUGGCCAGCACAUAACCUUUUACCCAUCGAGGACGGCUUCGAUCCCAGUAUGGCAGGUAUGGGCGAGGUGAAGGAGUGCGUCAACUGCGCGGCUGCCACCACCCCGCUGUGGCGACGCGACGGCACGGGCCACUACCUGUGUAACGCGUGCGGCCUCUACACGCGCAUCAACGGGGUCAAUCGACCGCCGCUCAAGGGACAAAAGGCAAAGCCGCAGCAAGCUUUGCCGACAAACGGUAACCGGCGCGUAGGCGUGACGUGCGCCAACUGUCGCACGUCCAACACGACGCUGUGGCGGCGCAACAACAACGGGGAGCCAGUCUGUAACGCGUGCGGGCUCUACUACAAGCUGCACAACGUGAACCGGCCGCUCAGCAUGAAGAAGGACGGCAUCCAGACGCGAAAGCGGAAGCCCAAGAGUAUGGGAGGCGGACACGGCGGAGUGGCGCGCCCCGGGGCCGGGCCGCUGGCGGGUGAGUACGUGAGCUCGUGGCCGCGCGGCCUGGACUCGUGUCGCGACUAA